AUGGAGCGCUACGAGUCUCUGGGGCUGGUCGGGGAGGGCAGCUACGGCACGGUGCUCAAGUGCCGUCACCGAGAGUCGGGCCGCCUCGUCGCCAUCAAGAAGUUCGUGGACUCGGACGACGACAAGACGGUGAAGAAGAUCGCCCUGAGGGAGAUCAAGCUGCUGCGGCAACUGCGCCACGACAACCUGGUCAACCUGCUGGAGGUGUGGAAGCGGCGCCGGCGCUGGUAUCUGGUGUUUGAGUUCGUAGAGCGGACGCUGCUGGAGGAUUUGGAGCAAAGCCCGAGCGGACUGGACCUGAACACCAGCCGGCAGUACCUGUACCAGAUCCUGAGGGCCGCGGCCUUCUGCCACCAGCAGCACAUCAUCCACCGUGACAUCAAACCGGAGAACAUCCUGAUCUCUCAGGGGGGCGUGGUUAAGAUGUGUGACUUUGGCUUCGCCCGGACCAUGACGUCGCCCGCCGAGGGGGGGGUCUAUACCGACUACGUGGCCACUCGCUGGUACAGAGCACCUGAACUGCUGGUGGGAGACACCAAGUAUGGAAAACCGGUAGACGUGUGGGCUGUAGGUUGUCUGUUAUUAGAGAUGUUAACAGGUCAGCCUCUGUUUCCCGGAGACUCCGACCUCGACCAAAUUUACCACAUCGUCCGAUACUUCGGGGACCUGACGGCUCAUCACCAGGAGUUAUUCUACAGGAAUCCGGUCUUUUCCGGAGUCAGACUGCCCGAAAAUUCGGCCCGAGUCCGACUGGAGCAGCGCUUCCCUACAAUCGCACCCACCGCCCUGGACCUGGCUCAGAGUUGUCUCCAGAUGGAUCCAGAAAGACGAGCUCAGUGUUCAGAACUGCUAGAACAUCCUCUGUUCACACAAGACUCUUUCCACAUCAGAUUUUUGGACGAGCUGAAUGCUAAGAUCCAAAAGGACCACAGAGACAACUCUACCCUUCCCAAAAUAAGCAAAACUCCAAGACGAGAAAGGAACGAACGGGACGACAAGAACCGGAGAAGCAAGGACAAGAAGCAAGCUGAAGAUGUGAAUGAGAAAGUCAACAAGGAAAGGGAGAGGAAGGGGGAUGAGAAGAAGGAGGAAACCAAAGGAAAGCAACAUUCGAAGCUCUCUAAAACUGUUCGUAACACCUCAGAACCUUUGAUAUCCAAACAAUCCAAAACAUUCGGCGCCAAGAAUAUCGACAAUGCAGCAAAAACGACUGUGGCCGUGAAAAGUAAACCGGGAAAAGCCACCGGUGUGGAUCUGAGAAAGGAACGUGAGAUUCCUAAAUCAACUAAAACCCGUAAUUCUGAUUUUUUGGAGACAACCGCGACUGCAACCCAUCUGAAGGACAAUAACACAGUGGUCCCUAAACCUAAACACGGGAAAGUUGCUUCCCAAGAGACAAGGGAAGACCAUUUGAAAACUACAGAUACAAAAGAUGGAGAUUCCACUGGUUUGAAUUAUAGUUGCUCAGACAGCAUUGUGCCAAAUAUGACUGAGAAAAGUCUGAUGGAGAUCUGGAGAUCGUCUAAAUCGGAGCCAUGUCAAGAGUUUGGGAAGAGCUGGAACAACUCAAACACAAAAGUGCCCAACUUGUCUGAAAGCUCAACCGCUGACCAUCCAAAUGGGACUUCAUCUCCAAAAGCCUCUUUGAAUUCAACCAUUGAUCGUACGGACACCCAUUUAACACAGAAAAUGGGAAAGUCUUCCACUACAGAAUACCCCGAAGGCUCUUCAACAGUUGCAACUUCUAAAAUAGCAAACAGUGACCAAGUAGAGACAAGCUUGACACUUAAAGCGCCUCAACGGCCAAGCAAUGACCACAUUAAAGUCGCUACCCCAACUACCCCUUCUGUCACCAAGCCAUGCGAGACAUUAGAGCAUCAGGGCAAUUGUUCAAUGGACACAGAGCAAAAAAAGGCCUCUGAACAUCCAAAAGGCUUACCCUUAAGCCCUAAGCCAGCCACAAACAACAUAUAUUUGUUUACCACCCCAUUAAAGACUCUUACAUCAGAUCUUUCAAGGCAGUCGUCCACAAUUUUAAUAGAAACCAGUCCUGCGAUCAGCACUGGAACUCCACUUAAAGGAUCCUUAAAUUCAAAGUUGUCCAAAACGGGCUCGUCUUCAGAUCCCAAACCCAAAAAUGACACCAGAUGUGUACCCAACAAGCCUUCAAGAGGCCUUCCAACAGACAGGAAACCUACAGAAGUAUCGAUCGCAUCCAACAAUCAGCAUGAUGCCAGUGAGCAUCGUGGAUGCUUGAAGAUUAGCCCAGCUGCAAACCACAUUGACGUAUCCGAUGCCUCGGGUGGAGAAUACAAGGAGAAUCCUGACUCUUCUGAGCUCUGCAGGAUCCAUCAGCAGAGCACUUCUGAAUCCAAAAUCACCACAGAAUCCAGAAUAACCUCAGCCUCCAUGCCGAAUGAAAUCCCUAAAACCAACAAGUCAGCUGGAACCAAUUUUCCGAAAACACAGAAAGCCUCCGAUAAAGAGAACAGAGAAGAUUUAGCACUUUCUGUGUCUGUCAGUGCAACAACCAAGUCUUUGGUAAAUCAAAUCUCAAAGGUUACCAGAAGUUCAAGUUUUGAGCAAAAGAACAGCUCUGAAUCCGAUGUGAAGUCCCAGAAACCCCCUCACUUUAAAACUGUGAUCAUAGAACCUAAAACAACGUUUGGGUCAUUUAGCAACAAGUCCACUGCAACAAUGACCCUGAGGACUAAGAAAACUACAUUUCCUACAGAGGCAAGAAGGAAACGAGACAACGCAGACACGGACGACACAGCAAAUACAUCUACUAUCGCGGAUUCAACUUCAUUCUCCUCUACGACGACUCCAGACCGCAAAGCCUUGACAAGAAGCUUAGUCUUUCACAACAUGGACGCUACAGACGCUGAUGAAUUUGCUUCCCAUUCCUCUCCACCUCCUCCUCCUUCCUCCACACCCGUCAUUCCCUCUUUUUCUGUCGUCAGCCCAGCCGCCAGCGAUCACCAUUCCCCGGGGGCAGGUUUUCAUCCUGGGACCCACAGCGUUAGGUGUGUAGACAAGCCGAGGCAUCACGGUGGCAUCUACAGUCGACUGUCCAAUCACAUUACAGGAUCACUCACUGCACAGGUGUCAGAAAAGAAUCUGAUCUGCGAGCGCACUUUCCCGUGCGAUCGCUGUAACCUUGGUACCAGCAGUGGCAUCACAGCGACCAAAAAGAAGUCAGACAUCCAUUUCCCAGAUCUAAGAAGCUCCGUGCUGCCAGAGCUCAGAGGAAGAGAAGGCAAGCACAACAAAGGCACUUCCAAGGAUCAGAGGAAAGACAAACCGGCUCCUCCAUCUCCAUCUGAUACACAAAGACCGUAACAAAAGCCCCUUUCGGACUUUACUUUAAUGUGACGGCAACUAAACAUGUCGAAAUAAGCACCCUGGUCACUUUAAAGUCACGACAAUCUUACAGGCCUCUGGUUAUUUGCAACCCGUUCCCCCCCCCCGAACUUGUAUAAUACGGUUGCUUGGCCAGUGUCUCUCAGCGUCAGAUACGACGCAAAAAUCCCUCUUCAGCGUCUGUAUGGAACGCACCGGGCAGAGCAGCAGCUACGCGGCGCUGUAAGGUGACGUAGAAUUAAGAGAGACAACGGUAGAGAGUAGUAGGACAGACAGAAACUCUAGUAGGGAGGUUGGUUG